AUGAAACAAGACAUCCAAAACAAAGCCGACGAACUGGCAGAUCUCAAAAAGGAACUUGAAAAGAGUGAAGCAAAUCUAAAAAUAGAAAUUCGUCAGAAAGGCCAAAACGCCGACAAGUUCGAAAAACUCAAAAAGGAACAAAUCGAAAAUAUUGAAAAGUAUAAAACGCGAAUGGAGGAACUUGAAAAUCAAAAGAAAAUGGCUGAGAUAAAAGGAGACAAAAGCACUGCGGAAGUUGAAGAACUUCAACUGAAGUUGAAACAACUUGAAGAGAAGAACACGUCCGAUGUGAAAGGACUGAACGACCAAUUGGAAGGAUCGAAGAAAGAGAACGAGGAACUGAAAAAUCAGUUGAAGGAAGAAACUUCAAAAUUUGAAAAUUUAAAAAAGUUCAACGAAAGUCUGGCGGAAAAAGUCAAAGAGGCGAAAAACGCAAACGAAGAAAAAACGAAAAUCAGAGAAGAUCUUGAAAACGAAAAAAAGAAAAAUGAAACCACCGAAAACGAGUUGAAACUCGUCAAGGAACAACUGGAGAACGCAGAAAAGGUAUCAAAAGAUGCAGAGAAGACUACAGCAGAGAAGAUUGAACAAAUCAAUAAAGAGUCUCAAGCACACGUUGCCGAGAAACAGAAGGUCGAAGAAGAGUUGAAAAAGGUGUCCGACGAACUUUCCAAAGAAAAAGAUGAGAUUAAGAAAACUCAAGAAAUGAGAGAAGUCGCGGAACGAGAACUUGCCAAAACUCAAGAGGAACUCAAAACCGAAAAAAGUGCGAAAGAAUCUACCGAAAGUCGCUUGAAAGAAGCUCAGGAAACGAUUGAGAAAAACAAAAUCACUGCCGAAGAACUUGAAAAACUCAAAGCUGAGAAUGAGACGUUGAAAACCGAAAUCAAAGAAAAGGAAAAAACAAACGAAGAAGGAAAAACCGUUUUGGAAGAACUUGCGAAAGUCCAAACAGAACUGAAAAAUAAAAAUGAAGAACUGGAAAAUCUCACGAAAGUGAGAGAUUUGGCGGAAGGGGAACGCACUUCAGCGGUGGCGGCGAUGGAGAAAAUGAAAGAAGAAGUCUCAGCUUCUGAAAAGGCGCACAUUGAAAAGGUUGCCGAAUUAGAAAAAGAGAUUGCUGAAAACAAAGAAAAAGCAACGAAACUUGAAGGUGAGAAUGCGACACUGAAAAGUGAAAAAGAAGACGUUGGUAAACAGAAAGAAGCUGUUAUGACGGAAAAGCAGACACUUGAGGAGAGCGUGAAGAGACUUGAGAACGAAGUGAAGGAAGAGAAAGAAAAGGCCGAAAGUGUGAAGAAGGAGAACGAAGAGCUGAAAGAGAAGGAAAAGGGCAUUCAAAUAGAACUUGAAAAUAUCCACAAAGCGAAAACAGAGCUAGAAGGGAAACAAGAAGGUAUUCUUGUUGAGUUGGAGAAGGUUAAAAAGGAGUUGGAAGAAAACAAAACGAAGAUUGAAGAAUUGAAGAAGGACGGAGAAGGUCACGACGCUGCGAAGAAAGAAUGCAUUGAAAGUCUCGAAAAACUGAAAACAGAAAACGAGAGACUUCAAAAGGAAGGAAAUGAUGUGAACCAAAAAAUAGAAGAAGAAAAGGCGGCCAAAAAGAGUGUUGAGGAACUUUUGGAGAAGGAAAAGGAGGAAAGUGCAAAAUUGAAACGAGAGAAUGAAGAGAUGGUGAAAAAGAUGGAAGAAGAGAAAGGAAAGAAAGAAGGAGAGAAAAGCACGUUGGAAACGGAACUUGAGAAGACAAAAGGAGAACUUGAGAGCGAAAAGAAGAAAAAUGAAGAGCAAAGAGAAUUGUUUGGGAAAUUGGAAGGUGAAAAGGUGGAAAUUUUAAAAACUGUUGAAGGACUUACUACCACGAAAGAUGAAUUGGUUGCUGAGAAUGAAAAAUUGAAAAAGGACAGUGCUGAGAAUGUUCAGAAAAUGAAAGAUUUGGAACAACAAACUGUCGAGCAAGCUGGAAAGAUCAAGGAGUCGGUUGAUGAAAAAGAAAAAGUCGAGAAAGAAACAGCAAAGCAUUUGGAGAGCAUUGAACAGUUGACUGCGAGUAAGGAAACACUUGAAAAACAAAUUGCUGAGCAAACAUUGAAAAUCAAUCAGCUGAUUGAAGAGAAGGAAAAGAACGAAAAGGGUGGCGAAGAGCAGUUAACACGCGUUAAAGAGUUGACUGAGUUGAAAGAAGGUCUCGAAAAACAAAAUGAAGAGAACUUGAAGAAGGUCAACGAGCUAACAGAAGAGAAGGAAAAGAAUCAAAAGGAGAAAGAAGAGUAUUUGGAACAGAUCAAACAACUCACCGGUAUGAAAGAAGCGAUGGAAAAACAGAAUACUGAACAACUUGGUAAAGUCAAUGAAUUGAUUGCUCAGAAAGAGCAGGCAGAAAAAGAAAAAGAGGAGAUCUUGAUAAAGGUUCAAGAGCUCACCCAAGAGAAAGAGAAUCUUGAGAAGGAAAAAAUAGAACAAACUAACAAAGCAAAGGAGAUAACCGAAGAACAAGUCAAAACAAUAGAAACAAAAAGUCAGGAAGAAAUGAAUGCAAUGAAAUUGAUCACCCAAAAGCUUGAAGAAGAGAAAAGUGAAGUUUUGGUUCAGGUUAAAGCUUUACAAGAAACCAUUGAAAAACUUAAAAUGGAGAAUGAAGAAAAAGGUGUACAUUUGAAGGAAAUCAAUGAGGCAAAAGAAGCUUUGGAGAAUGAGAACAAAUCAAAAGAGCAACAAAGAAACGACUUGGAAAAUCAAAACAAGAAAAUGACUGUUGACGUUGAAAGUGCAAGAAAUGAUGUUGAGAAAUUGAAAAGUGAAAUUGAAAAAACAAAGAGAGACGGAGAAUUACUGAAAACGGAGAAAGAAAAAGUUAUUAAACAACUUGAAGAGGAAAAGAAGAGAGUUGAAGAGCUUGAGAAGGCUCUUCAAUCUGAGAAGACUGGAAAAUGUAAUUCACAAUCCAACGAGGAACAAUUAACAAAAGAGAAUGAAGAUCUCAAAGCUCAAAUUAAGAAUGUCCAGAACAGUGUAAAGGAGAUCGAAGAAGUUGAAAUUGAAAACAAGAAGAUAAAGGAGGAGUGUGAUGCCGUCAAAAAAGAGAAUAAGUCACUGAAAACAAAGAACGAAAAAGAAAUUGAAGAAAUGAAGAAGCAGCUUGGCAAGAAGAUUGAGGAGGGUAAUUUGAUCAAGAAACAACUUGAUAAAAUAAAGCAAGAUGCAGACGGAAAAGAGAAAGUAAUCGACGAGCUUAAGAAGAAAGAGAAUCAAAAGAAUGAAGAGAAAAAGGAAGUCAAAGGAGUUGAUAUGAAAGUGGCCGUGUUAGGAGCAACAGUUGUUGUUUUACUUGGGGUAGUUGCCUAUUUAGCAAUGAAAUAA